AUGAGCUACGUCAACCGGAAACCUCACUUCGUCUUGGUUCCUCUCCUUGUCCAAGGCCACAUGAUCCCCGUGAUCGACCUGGCUCGUCUUCUCGCGCUCCAAGCGGUGGCCGUCCGCGUCGUGACCACACCCGGCAACACUUCCCGGUUCAAGGUCAUGAUCGAUCGUGCGAACGCGGCCGGCCUGCUGAUUCAAUUUGGUGAGCUCCGGUUCCCUUGUGCCGAAGUUGGGUUGUCGGAGGGCUGCCAGAACUACGACGUCAUCCCGUCAUGGGAGCUCGUCAAGAACUUCUAUGGGGCGUUGAGCAUGCUGCGAGAGCCAUUGUUGUUCCACCUCCGUCAGCAGUGCCCGAAGCCAAGUUGCGUCAUCUCCGACGCAUCCGACACAUUCGAGCCCUUCCUCGUACCCGACUUGCCUCACAAGGUGGAGGUGGUGAGAGCCCAAUCUAUGAGUUUCUUCGACUAUCCAGGAUGGGAGAAGCUCCGCGACGAGGUGGCGGAGGCUGAAUCCACGGCCGAUGAGUUGGUGAUGAACAGAUUUCGCGAACUGGAGGCCGCCUUCAUCGACAGCUACCAGAAGGCGCUCGAGAAGAAGGUUUGGGCUACAGGACCAGUCUGCCUCUCCAACAAGGAGACCAGCGACAAGGUCGCAGGAGGGAGCAAGACGAACGUCGACGAGAACUACAUUAGGAAACUGGCUCGACGCCAAGGAGACGGGGUCCGUUAUCUACUAAGGAUGCUCCGAGAGGAGCUGCAGCUACUUCAGGAGCCUGGUUCUUAUGUCGGUGAGGUGGUGAAGGUUAUGGGGAAAUCAAAGGUCUUAGUCAAGGCUGUGUGCACAGAAGCUGGGAUGUUUGCACUCCGGGAAAGGAGAGUUCAUGUAACUCAAGAGGAUUUCGAGAUGGCAGUUGCUAAAGUCAUGAAGAAAGAGACCGAGAAGAACAUGUCCCUUGGGAAACUGUGGAAGUAG